GGUGCUUUGCAAAAGGCUAAAUUGAAACUUUCGGAAAUUGGAUUAAUUGAGGUUAACGAAGCAUUUGCCCCUCAAUAUCUUGCUGUAGAAAAGGAAUUGGGAUUGGAUCGCGCAAUUACCAACACAAAUGGCGCCAUUGCUCUUGGACAUCCCCUCGCAGCAUCUGGUUCGCGUAUUCUAGGCCAUUUGGUAUAUGAACUCCAAAGAACCAAACUACAAUACGCAAUUGGUUCCGCCUGCAUUGGUGGUGGUCAAGGUAAUCUUAAUCUUAAUCCUUUCUAUAGUGUCUUAACAAAAGUACUUAAGCUUAUUCAUUUUUAG